GUUAACACCACAGAUUUACCUGUUAUGACCGAGAAAAACAGUUUCGAUAUUUGUGUAAUUGGAGCAGGAGUGAGUGGUCUCUAUGCAGCCAGAUGUUUAACACAGAAAGGGUUGAGAGUAAUUGUGCUAGAGGCCAGAGAAAGAGUUGGAGGGAGGCUUUACACCAAAAUAACAGAGGAACAUGGGCCUGUGGAUUUAGGAGGAGCUUACAUUGGCCCCCAUCAGGACAGAAUUAUCAAACUUGCUGAAGAACUUGAGAUAGAUACAUACCAUGUAUUUCACAAAGGAAAGACUGUUCUUGAUCUGUCAACGCAUGGAACAAUUCACUACCGUGGAGUAAUUCCACCAUUUUGGAGUCCUUUCAGAAUUCUUGAUUUGAAUCACAUUGUGAGGACAAUUGACCAUAUGGCAAAAGAGGUACCUAUUCAUACUCCCUGGACUGCUAAAAAAGCAGUGGAAUGGGACAACAUCACAGCUCAAGAAUUUAUAGACAGAAACUGUUGGUCAAAAUGUGUCGCUAGCAUCAUUAAGGUAUUUAUCCAGUCUAUCAUGUGUGCUGAGCCUCAUGAAGUAUCACUUCUGUCCCUGUUGUGGUAUGUGCACAGCGGAGGGGGAGUGGAGAUCAUGUCAGAGGUCAAGAGGGGAGCACAGGAACGGAAGUUUGUUGGUGGAUCUCAACAAGUGUGUUUAAAGAUGGCAGCAGAACUCGGAAAUAAGGUUCAUCUGAACUCAGCUGUAGUCAAAAUUCAGCAAGAAGAGAACCAGGAUGUUUUAAUAGAGGAUAUAAAUGGGAAAAAAUAUCAGGCUAGAUAUGUUAUAUCAGCAGUGCCAUUAACAAUUCUGAAUAAAAUACACUUCACUCCUGCUCUGCCUGAUCUUAAGCAACAGCUGAUUCAGCGAAUACCAAUGGGAUCUAUAAUAAAGACCGUUACUUAUUACAAAACAGCAUUCUGGAGAGAUCUGGAUUUUAAUGGGAUUGCAGCCAGUGACAAUGGUCCUAUAGUUGUUUCAUUUGAUGACACAAAACCAGACGGAAGUUCCCCUGGAAUAAUGGGAUUCCUAUUAGCUAAUCAGGCUCGAGAUUUAUGUGCAUUGACAAAAGAGGAAAGGAGAAGAGCUAUUUGUAGGCACUAUGCUACAGUUUUCAGAAAUCAAGAGUUUCUUAAGUCCAUUGGUUAUGAAGAACAGAACUGGAUGCAAGAAGAAUACUCAGGGGGAUGCUACUCAGCUGUGAUGCCACCUGGUGUUUUGUCUGUAUAUGGGAGAGUGAUGAGGGAACCAUUUGGAAAGGUCCAUUUUGCUGGGACAGAAACUGCUACAAGGUGGUCGGGAUACAUGGAUGGAGCCAUUCAGUCUGGUGAAAGAGCAGUCAAGGAGCUUUUAGAAAGACUCCAAUAUUCAACUGAUGGUCUAUAUGAGGAUGAAGAUGUUGGGCCAAUCUUCGGACCUCUGGGUCUAAGCUACUUUUUGCCCUCAGUGUCUUCAUUUCUGCGAGUCUGUGCAGCUGUCGUCUGCUAUGGAAUUCUCUGGUACACUCGACCUUACUUCACUGGCUGGAGAGGUGCAUUGACUAGGAAGUUCUUGGAUGUUUACUAAGAGCUUUUGACUGGAAAGAAUUUUUUUUUUUAAUUAAUUAAAAAAUCACUUUUUAUUAUUUUAAAAUUUGUUAACACAUUCAAGCUCAGUUAUAUCGUAAAAUUUAUAACUGAUAUCAAUUUACUCAGGAAAUCAAUUUAGCAUAAUCUAUUUAUGUACAGUUUUUUGUUUCCAAUUUGUUAAUGUGUGACAUAAACGUUAAGCUACAAUUUCCAAAAUUUUCCAAAAUGAUCUCACUCAAAAAGGCAUUCUUUCCUCUUUCUGCAUUGCUCUUUUUGUCUGUUGGCAAGGUUGUCUUCCCAGUGACAGAAAAAAAGAGUAAAAUAUAUCUUCAUGCCAAAGAAUGCAUUUUUAAGUUUUAAUUUUUUUUUUUGCAUUCAAAAGUUGUUUAAGCAUAUAAAAAUGUAUUUGUUAUUGUAUGUUAUAGGUCUAAUAAACCAUCUUGCUAAAUCGAGUUCAUGCAUUUUUACAGUAAAAUGUUUUUCUAAGUGUAUACAAUCUAGAGGUAGCAAGUAGUGAUUGCUGUAAAUAAAUCUUGCAGGAUCAGUAUUUGUUUUAGAUGAUGAAAUAUAUUUAAAAGUAUUUGUACCAUAUUUGAAUAAACUAAAUAUCUAUGAA